GUGGUCGCCGCCGUGUUUGAGGCCGGGGCGUGUGCGGCGCGGGAUCGCGCAGUGUCUGGGUAGCGCGCGCGGGUGUUACGGGCUUGUGUUCUAGAGCGUCAGGGGUUUCUCUGACAAGAACCAAGGAAGUGGAGUUUAGUUUCUGCUGCUCUUAUUUAGGGUUACCAUAGUCCCGGUUUCCCCAGAAAAGCCUCUUUUUUGAGCCUGAUUUCCCUGUCCCAGCGGGGUUUUCAAAUAACAGCAAAUGUCCCAGAUUUUGCAGAGCAGAGAAGCUGCAGUUCAGAAAGAGCCACAAUUGAUCAACUUCCCAGUUGGUCCAUCCCCUGUAUCCACCGCUGAUUGGGCCAUUCCCUUGCAUCCGCAGCUGACUGGUCCUUUCCCCUGCAAGUCACAGCUGCUGAAUCCUGCCCACCUAUGCCCCCUUGCCCUGCUCAGCCCUGGGGAAGGGAUCUCACGGGGAGGUGCUGACUGACAACUGUCACUGUGUCCUGGGCUUGUGCCAGCCGCCCUGCCACUGUGACAGGGAGUGACACUGCUCCCCCAUCUCCUGUGAGUACCCCUGCUGCAGGUACGCCCCCUUCGGCUUCCCUUCCCUCCCCUCCCAUUCCCUCCACCCCCUGCAGUGUCUGCUUUUUGGGAACUUGAAAUAUGGUAACCCUACUCUUAUUCCCAUUCCUGGCGAAGUUUCCUGAAAGUGGUGUGGAUCAUGUUAACUUGUUUUUUACUCUGCUGAAAUGAUGUAACGGAAAUGAUAGCCAAGCCCAACACAGCCACUAACCUCCCCAGCCAAAAUGCUGCAACAUGUUGCCUUCAUUCUCAGAUGUUUCAUCAGACAUCAGUGGUUGAUUAAGAAGAUGCCAUUUAUAGUGCCAUUUUAGACUCUCCAGCACUCCUUGGUCCAUAGGCUGCACAAGAGAUGUUACGUUUGGAAGGAGAAAAAAACAGAAGAUCGGGUCAUCUUGGGAGAGGAAAUGCUAUCCAUGAUGAGACUGUGCCUGAGUCCACUGUACAGAGUGGCAGCUGUCUGAGGAGUGGCAACUUGCAAACCCCAAGAGGGAAAAGGAAGGUCCAAGAACAGUGUGCACGCAUACGAAGAAAUUCUUCCAGGAGCAGAAGGCCAAGCCAGCCGCAGAAUGGAGAAGUGGUUGAAGCAGUUACAUUGUUUGAAGUGGUCAGCAUGGGCAAGAGGGCAAUGCAGUCUGUGGUAGAUGACUGGGUUGAAGCUUAUAUCCAAGAUCGAGAUGUGGCACUUCUAGAUCUGAUCAACUUCUACAUUCAGUGCUCAGGCUGUCAAGGAAUGGUGACAGCUGAGAUGUUCCAAAGUUUGUGCAACAAUGAUGUAAUGCAAAAAAUGACGGAGACAUUUGAUGAGGAAACAGGAUUGCAAUACAAGAAAUUUAUGGCCUAUCCCUGGAUUCUGACUGUUACUUGGCCAGUGGACAUGGACAAUGGAGACUAUCCACUCAUCAAAGCGGGACCCUACUGGAAGAAAUUCAAGGCCAAUUUCUGUGAGUUCACUGCAGUGUUAAUCCAGCAGUGCCAGUACAGCAUCCUCUAUGAUAGUUACUUGAUGGACACAGUCAUCUCACUGCUUACAGGGCUAGCAGACUCCAGGGUCAGAGCAUUCAGGCACACCAGCACUUUAGCAGCGGUGAAGCUUCUGACAGCACUUGUAAGAGUAAAUCUAAAUCUUGAUGUCAGCAAAUGUAACGCUCAGAGGCUGUAUCAAGUGGAGAAGAACAGGAUUUCUGUCAAGAGGGCCAAUCAGAGACUGGACCAAUUAGAGAGAAAAAGGAAAGAAGUGGGUCAGUAUGAACAGAAACCGCUGGAAAUAGAAAAUAUGAUGAAUGCUAUUUUCAAAGGGACAUUCUUACAGAGAUAUCGUGAUGUGAUUCCUGAGAUCCGGGCUAUCUGCAUUGAAGAAAUUGGCAGCUGGAUGAAAAUGUACCCUGAUACAUUCUUAAAUGAUAGUUACUUGAAAUAUAUUGGAUGGAUGCUAUAUGAUAAGCAACCUGAAGUGCGGUUGAAGUGUCUUCUGGGACUGCAAGGAAUUUAUGACAGAAAAGAGCUGGUAUCCAAAAUGGAUCUCUUUACUAGCAGAUUCAAGGAUCGAAUUGUGUCCAUGACUCUGGACAAGGACCAUGAAGUAGCAGUUCAAGCCAUGAAACUCUUGAUGCUUAUGUCACAGAACUGUGAGGACGCGUUAUCAUCUGAAGACUGUGAAACCUUAUUCCAGUUUGUUUAUACUACGCACAGACCUCUAGCAGUAGCAGCUGGGGAAUUCCUUUAUAAAAGGCUGCUUAGUUAUCAGGGAACUGAAGAGGAAGUCCCACCCAAAAGAAGAGGGAAGUUUGGGGCUAAUACCUGCUACAUGAGAAAAUUAAUAACUUUUUUCUUGGAGAGUGAGCUACAUAAACACGUCACAUACCUUGUAGACAGCCUGUGGGAUUGGGCAGGCAGUUUGCUGAAGGACUGGGAGUGCAUGACCACUCUUUUAUUGGAAACUGCUGAAGAAGAAGCAUUGAGUGAUGCCCAGGAAAGCGCUCUCAUUGAAAUAAUCGUAGCGACCACUCGAGAAGCUGCUGAAGGUCACCCUCCUGUGGGCAGAGGAGCAGGCAAGAAGAUCCUGUCAGCGAAAGAGAAGAAAAUACAAUUGGAAGAUUGUACCAAAAUUACUGAGCACUUUAUUGUGGUGCUUCCUCAGCUCUUGGCAAAGUAUUCAGCAGAUGCUGAAAAAGUGGCGAACCUCCUGCAAAUUCCCCAGUAUUAUGAUUUAGAUGUUUACAGUACUGGACGUCUGGAGAAGCACGUAGAUGCUUUGCUGAGAGUGGUGAAAGGCAUUGUAGCCGAACACUCUGACAUGGAUGUCCUCGAGGCUUGCUCCAGGAUGUAUUAUGUCCUCUGCAAUGAAGAUCUGGCCAUCCACAGGAGGGCGGAUCUUGCCAGAACUCAGCUGAUAGACGAAUUGGUGGACAAACUUAAUGAGCUGCUGGAUGAUUCUUGGCAUGAGGGAGAAGGUCUUUGCACAGAUGAAGAAGGAGUUUGCCGAAUAUAUUCCACUUUGAGAAGAAUAGCAGCUUUUCAUAAUGCUCACAAUCUCACCAAAUGGAAUCUCUAUGGGAAGACUUCAAAGCUGCUGGUUUUUGAGAUGGAGUAUGGGAGUUUACCUGUUCAGAUGAUCCUACCAGCUCUACAGUGCACAUACUUUGCUCUCUUAUGGCAGCUAGCUUCAGUUGUGGAGAGGUCAUCUUCCAAGGAGACUCUCUUGGCAUUGAACAGAGAGUUGAGAUUUUUCUGCCAGAUUUGUGCAUGCUACCUCAGCCAUAAAGAUAAAGAUUUAAGUGAAAAGGCCUUCAUAAUACUCUGUGAUUUACUGAUGAUUGUGAGUCACCAAUCUUCACAUGAAGAUGAAGCUGUAGGAGUCCUUCAGUAUCUUCCCAGCACAUCCCUUCAGUCAAAAAUGCUCUUGUUUAUCCAGGAUCAUGUUUUCACAGAGGAGAAAGAAGAAAUCAAAGAUUUGACAGAAGAGGAGGAGAGGGAAAAGGAGAGCUACAAAUUGAAUGAUUUGCACAGGAGGCGGAGUCUUCUUGCAGUCUAUUGCAAGCUAAUUGUGUUUACUGUGGUGGAGAUGUCUGCGGCUGCUGAGAUCUAUAAGCACUAUAUGAAGACCUACAAUGAUUUUGGAGAUAUAAUUAAAGAAACCCUGAGCAGGACGAGGCAUAACAACAAAAUCCAGAGUGCCAGGACGUUGAUUCUCUGCCUGCAGCAGCUGUUUCAGAAACAUACAGAAACCCAUGGUAGUACCAACAGCAUGGAUUCUUCUUUCACGAACAUUAAAGAACUUGCUCGUCGCUUUUCACUGACAUUUGGCUGGGAUCAGGUGAAAUCCAGAGAAUCAGUAGCCAUGAUACACAAAGAAGGGAUUGAAUUUGCCUUUCAAGGAGCUGCUGGAGUGGAAGGGAAAUGCCUGCCUCCAAAUUUAAACUUUCUGUUAAUCAUCAGUGAAUUCUCCAAUAAGCUACUAAAGCCUGACAAAAGAUUAGUGUACAGUUACCUGCAGAGGUAUAUAACAGAGCCAGCAUCUUGCAGAGGAGAUGAAUGGCACCCGUUAGUGUGGUACAGGAACUCUUUGCUGGCAAAUGAAGAGGAGGAGAAUUCUGUUAUCAGCAGUUUAAGAGAAUGGUCACCCACAAGCAGAUCUAAGACAUCUUCUUUUAAAAGGAAACUGUCGAAUGGGUCCCUGCCUGAAACCAGCCACACUGAGACAACAAACAAGACUCCAGACGUCCUGUGCACUCCAGAACUCACUGCUGCAGCAGGGAAAAGCAAAAAGAAGUUAAAGUCUCAAGAUACAAGUCUCCAAGAAUGUCUGCCAUUCUUUGGUCCAGUGGGACUGAGCAGAAGACAUAGCGAAGAUGUGAUCAAGGCAGAAGACUUCUCAGCAGAUGGUGGAGCAGAAGACGGAGCAGAAGAUGUAGGCGAAGAUGUGGAUGUUGUUGGCGCAGACCAGGUAUGUGAUGGGGUGUAUCAACCCUGCACACGGCCAACAGGUGCUGACCAAUCACUGGAGACCGCACACCCUCACUCCUGUUACACAGGCUCCAGGUGGAGGGGACAGAUAAAAGGAGGCCGCACAGGUCAGUCGGGGCUGCUGGAAGAGAAGGAAGGACGUGUGCUGCUGGCUGCUGCAGAGAAACUGUUGACUCACCAGGCUCUUGGGACCAUGGACUCGGACUACGCUGCGGAUGACUAGCUGGCCAUGGAGCCUGACAGGGAUGCUGAGCCACUGCCAGCUGAGGAGAUGCCUGAGAUGGUCUUUAUGGUAGAAAGUGACCCAGGGAAUGUGUUAGGAGCCGUGGCUUGAACCCUUAAUAUGGAGUUUACCAGCUUUCCAGGGCCCUGGGUUGGAACCCAGUGGAGUAAUUUGGGCCUGGGUUUCCCUAGCCCUGCACUUACGAGUAGGAGUGGCUACUAGGGACUCCUGAUUUAGACUAAUUGUUCACUCUGUCCUGUCCAGAGGGUCAGAGCCUCUGACUGUCCUUAACAGUCGAGUCCUUUUAAGAGGGCCAAGAAGGGGAGGACUCAAUGAUAAAACUCCAUGGCCAGUAUGGAUCCCAAAAUUGGUGCUGGAAAACCAGCCGCAGCAGUCAACCCAACAACAACAGGCCCAGCUGCUGCAGCAAAUGACCAAGCAACAACAAUAGAUGGCCCAGCACCAAGAACAACAGCAGCAGAUCAAGGAGUUAGCAGCACAGCACCAAGUCCAACAGAAGCGCCUGGUUCAGCAUAUGGUGGUGCUCCUACAACUGUCUGGGCUGCCCAGAGCCACCACGUCGGGCCGAGGGACAGAGAACACUUGUCAGGGUUACCGGUGAGACUUGCCAACAUUGGGCUUGGGGAUGACCCAGAGGCCUUCUUGGUCAUGUUUGAGUGAGUCACCACCAUGAUUUGCUGGCCUCCUGAGCACUGGGCUACCCUAGUGGCCCCAUUCUUGACCGAGACCGCACAGAUCGCCUACCAGAACCCUAGACCCUACCGAUGCAGUUGAUUAAGCCAAAGUGAAGGCAGUCAUCUUGGACCACACCGGGGUUAACCCCAAGACGGUCCAUCAGCGAUUUCGAAGGGAGAGAUACCCUCCCCAGAGCUUGACCUCAGGCAGUGGCUCAGCAAUUCAGGGACUAGUGCUGGCAGUGGUUGGAUCCUGAGAAGCUGAUGGGAACGUGAGUGUCAGAGGCUGUCAUCUUGGAACAGUUUACGCAGAUCCUUCCUCCUGUGGGGAAGGAGUGUAUACAUCGACCCCAUCUAACGACUCUUACGGAGGCAGUAUCUCUGAUGGAAGAUUACUUAGCCACAGAGGGUCCUGGACUACAGGCACCUAAACCUGGGAGUUGUAGGAGGGACCCGUGCAAGAGACAGUACAAAUCCAAAGAAGGAUUAGAUCUGGGCUGCGUAUAGUAGCCCUAAACCCUGGAGCUGCCCAGAACCCCAGCAUGAGACCCUGGGAGGGGGAAACUCCACCCGGCAGGCUUGGACCAUCAUGAGACAACCCUGCAAUGGAGCCAACAAAGAACAGAUGUUCUGAGUGUGACUAGGAGGGUCACUUCAGACGCAAUUGCUCCUUUAUGGAUUGUAACGAUGGCCAAGCACAGGCCCGCAGACCCGGAGAGAGCCUGCCCGAACUUUUGAUUAUUGUGCUGGUCAACGGUACCCCAGUAACAAGUCUGGUCAACUCAGGGUACAGCCAGACACUCAUACAGGUCAACCUAGGGAAGUCACUGGACUGGACAGAGGCCCCUAUAUAUCUCCAGUGCAUCCAUGGGGAUGUACGGCCAUACCUGCCACUAAGGUGAAGCCGGAGGUUGACGGUCACAAGGAAACGUGCCGGGUCGGUCUGGCCAUGACAGUAGCAUAAACCGUGAUCCUGGGAUGGGACUGGCAGUGGGUUGGGAAGGUCAUGAAUGAGUGGGGAGACCAAAUGCCAGCGGAAACAAAUCAGAGACCACAUUUGAGGGGGCUCUUAGGCCAAAAGGAGACUGGAGGGAGAGCCCCCUGACCAAUCGGAAGGCCCUGGAUCAUACUCUGUCGAGACGGUGGUGCCAGAGGAAGUCAGGCUAAUUGUUGAAGGAGAUUUUAUGAGGGAGCAGAGAGAAGACCCCAUGUUGAGUCGUGCAUGGGAACAAGUGACCAACCCCAAGGAGGAGGGGGUGCCAACCAAUGGUUACCCCAGGGGCUCUGUUUCGAGAUCCACAAUGACCAUUUAUACUGGAUAAUCUGAGAUCCACAAACCCAGUAGUUACUCCAACAGCUGCUGCUAUCUGAGAGGUUCCGACGAGGUCUGCUGCAGCUAGCCCACUCGUUGCCCUGGGCCAGCCACCUGGGACGAGAGAAGACUUUACACUGAAUGGCCCUUAGAUUCUUUUGGCCUGGCAUUCACAAGGAGGUGAGUGAUUUUUUCCUCGUGUCUGGAAUGCCAAUGUGCUGGCCCUAAAUGAAUCCCCAAGGGCACCCCUAAUCUGGCUCCCAGUGGUGGGAGUACCUUUUGAGAGAAUCAGUAUCGGCCUGAUGGGACCUCUGGAGAAAAGUGGGUCAGGGUUCCACCACAUAUUGGUAGUGGUAGACUUCAUGACUCUUUACCCCAAAGCCAUGCUGCUGCAGUCAACUAUCACACCAUAGCAAUGGAACUUCUGAAAAUAUUUGCCUCGGUCGUGGUAUUGAGGGAGAUACUAACAUACCGGGGAAUCAACUUUUCAUUGCAAUAAAUGGAGGAUUUGUGCAGGCUAUUUAACAUUUGUUCCCUGAAGAUCUCCGUCUACCACCCACAAAACUGAUGGUUUAGUAGAAUGGUAACGAGACUUUGAAAUCCGUUCUCCAUAAGUUCAUCGAUGAUGACCAGCGACACCGGGACAAACUGCUACUUGCGUUGUAGUUCGUGGAAGGUGCCCCAAGUAUCCACAGGAUUUUCUCCAUUUGAACUGCUAUAUGGGAGGCAACUCAGAGGUAUCCUGGACCUCCUCCGAGAGAUCUGGGAGGAGGAGGAGUCUCGGAUCAGAGGGUCGGUCCUGUAUAUAUUACAGAAGGCUCGGAGCAUUGGCUCACAAAAACUUGAUAAAAGCCCAGCAGUCUGAGGAGCAACGAUAGAACUGGGGGACCCAGCUCUGGACCUCAGAACCUGGUGACUGAGUGCUAUUGUUGCUCUCCUCCUCCAAGUCCAAGCUGUGGGCCAAGUGGCAGGGAACAUUUGAGGUGACCCAAAGAGUCGGGCCGGUAGACUAUGAAGUUCUCUUACCCAGGUGAUGACAAAGCACUCGAGUCUAUCAUAUCAACCUCUUAAUGGCUUGAAAGGCCCAAGAGGGCUUAUUGAUCGUCCCCCCCACCCCUCCAAACAAGAAUUGGGGCCAAUACUAUUGAGGCCCCCCCCCCUCCCCCCGAGUUAACAACAAUAUCCAUCAUAGAAUAUCAAGGUUGGAAGGGACCUCAGGAGGUCAUCUGGUCCAACCCCCUAAAAUAAAGAUAUCCUAUCUCCUAGAACUGGAAGAGUCAUUGAGUCCAGCCCCCUGCUUUCACUAGCAGGACCAAGUACUGAUUUUGCCCUAAGUGGCCCCCUCAAGAAUUGAACUCACAACCCUGGGUUUAGCAGGCCAAUGCUCAAACCACUGAGCUAUCCCUCCCCUCUGAUGGGAUCAUGGACGAUCACCGACCAGAGACUGACAGGGACGCUGAGCUGCUGCCAGCUGAGGAGAUGCUUAAGAUAGCCUUUAUGGUAGGAAGUGACCCAGGGAAUGUGUUAGGAGCUGAGGCUUGAACCCUUAAUAGGGAGUUCACUGGCUUCAUAGGGCCUUGGGUUGGAACCUGGUAGAGUAGGGUGGGUGCAGGUUCCCCUAUCCCCACCCCCCCCACAGUUGCCACUAGGCAUUGCUACUAGGGACUCCUGAUUUAGACUGAUUGUUCACUCUGUCCUGCCUAGAGGGUCAGAGCCCCAACUGUUAUUGUUUGCCCUGGCCAGGAGCCCCAGGGGCUACAGACUGAGUGUUUGCUUUACCCACCCCAGGGACUAUGGCCUGUUUGUUUUCUCUGCCCCUGGAUUGUGAUUGUUGACUCAACGAGAAAUCCCAACAACUGUGUGUUGGGGUACAUUAACCCUGCACUGGGCAAACAAGGAUGGCUCUGCUUGACAUGCUGAGCCCCUGUGACAAGGUACUUCUACUCUAGAGUGGAACAGAUUAUUUGCUUUUGCAUUUGAGUGGGUUUUUUCUUCUUCAGGGUCUUUGAUGGUUCUUCUCCAGUGAGAAUAGUGGCAGGAAUGUCCCUGAACCUGUGCUACUGGGAUCACAAGUUCUGUGGAUAGGUAGUGGAACUGCAACUUUUUCAUUUUCAUCCAGUCAUUUGGUAGAUGCUGCAUCUGCCCUGUGGCAAAUUGCCGGCACUACUAUGAUGGGUCUCGCGCUUUCUCUUCUUUGGGGGGGUUGUUCAGGGCACUGUUUCUUAUCCCCUGAGCUAGGAUAUUAACUGCCCCACUAGUGUCCUAGAGGAGUGGAGUGGAGAGGAAGGGACCGGGGCCCACCCUCUACUCCAGGUCCCAGCCCAGGGGCCCUAGGGAUAGCAGUAAACCACUUGAACUAGCGGUUCCUUCCCCUGGGCUACUUCCCUGUCCUGCCCUUCAGCUUGUGGGGGCUUCCUGCCCUCCCUCUGCACAAGCCAGGUGUCCCUUUACCUAGGGUCUUGAUCUUUUUAGCCCACCGUAGCACUUCUCCAAACUUUCCUCUGCUUCCCUCCAAACUAUUCUCUGCUCCAACACCAAUCCACUAUCCUCUGCUUCAACUCCUUCCCCCCUCUGAUUAAAAAAAACCCUGCUUCAAUCAGGUGACUGGCUUCAGGUGCUUUAAUUAAUCUAUAGCAAACUUUCUUCCCUCUACAACGAAUAAGGCUCUCUUCUAACCCUCUCUUGCUGCCCUCUGGCCAUGCUGUAUCACAGUCCCCAUAGUUCACACACUAGCCUCAAGCCUUUCGCAUUAUAGCAAUGUCUCCCUUCCUCUGUUGAAGAUGAAGUAUAGUGCUCUCCUGCGCCAGUCAGGUCAGAGUGGUGAAGUGAAAUAUCACUCCAAGUGAGCUCAGAUUCUUAGUUCUGAUAUCAGGCUUGCAUCCUAUACAAUGUUUUUUUUACUAACAUGACUUAUUUGAACAUUUUUGUUUACAUGGAGUUGUGGAGGAGCAGAUGGGAGAAAAGAAAGAUUAAGAACAUGUUGCCAUUUUCUGUGCAAGCUGGACAUCUGGUUAGCUGAAAAAAUUUGUUUUCCAUUUUUGAGUGAUGGUUCCUACAUGUAUUCCAAACAUAGGGGUGCGCAUGUGCACCAGGUGUCUGAGCUGGUAGGUUUUCUUAGCAGUGUUCAUUGAACCCCACAUGUGUUGUGCAUCACCUUGUGCUGGCAGCUGAGGGUAUGAUAGGUUGUGCAGGUCAAUAGGUCUCCAGCUCACUGCAUGGCCCGAGUUGGAACCUUACAGGAGCAUUAGGACCUGUAUCGAAGUGGAGGGGCUUCCAGUGCCAGAACUGUGACCCUGCCUCCUGCGCCUCCUCUUCCCCCUGAGGCCCUGUCCCUGGCCAGGCUGGAAGCCAGAGCCGGCUGUGGUGGUGGGACCAUAUCCCCUCUCCCCCCACAGAGCUGGCCUGAGACACUCUCCCAAGUCAUAUCCCCUCCCCUUGCAGAGCUAGUCCGAGCCCCUCCUCCCCUGUACAGGGCUGGCCUGAGCCCCACUGCUCACUCACUGCCCCUUUUUGGCAAAACUGGGCAUUUGUCUCGUUUGCUUUUGCCAAUUAAUGAUCACUGGGUCACCAGAUAGAGACUCAUCUUCUGAGUUGGAGAGUGGGUCAUACUCCUCUCAUCCAAGGAGUUGCUUCCACCACUCUCCCAGUCACUCCUACUCUACCAUGGACCUAGGCACAGGGAUGCCAUUGAGUGCUUGGCCUAAAGGUCACUGGGGACCUAUGCCCAUGGAGUGGCCUAGUGGGAACACAUGGGGUUUCCCCCCGAUUUUGGGGUCUUAUUAAAGACACUCCAGUUCAGUGGCCUCCAAAAGAAGAGAACCGCUUGCAAAAUCCUACUGGGAAGUAGGAAGCCCUCCGCCAGGGCCACCUACCUUGCAACAUGGAAGCGGUUCUCCAUCCAGUUUCUCUAAGAUUUGAAGAGGGUUUACCUCCAGGUUAGAGAUACCUCCUCUGUCCCCUCCGGGACUUGAACCUUGUCCUGUCAAAGCUUACAGGUCCUUUGUUUGAACUGCUAGCAACUUACUUGUUGUUGCAUCUUUCCUGGAAAGCGGCCUUCCUGUUGGCUGUCACUUCAGCCAGAAGAGUUUCACAGAUCUGGGCUGUCACAUCGGAGCCCCCAUAGAUGGUCUUUUUAAAGGACAAAGUCUAGCUGUGACCACACGCAUCAUUCCUUCCAGUGGUCAUCUCACAAUUCCAUUGCAGUCAAGCAGUAUUUCUGCCGGUUUUCUACCCUAAGCCACAUACAAAUAGAGAGGAACAGUGCCUCCACUUAUUGGAUGUUUGGCUGGCCUUGGCUUUCUACACAUAAACCAUUCCACAGAUCUACUCAGCUGUUCAUAGCGAUAGCAGAAAGAAUGAAAGGUCUCCUCAUCUCUGCACAGAGAAUCUCAUUGUAGAUUACCUCUUGUAUAGGGGCAUAUUACAAACUCGUGAACAUCUCACCCCCAGCUAAUCUAACGGCUCACUCCACAAGGUCUCAAGCCCCCCCACUGCUUUUCUAGCACAUCUCCCUUCCGUGACCUGCCCUCCUAGUCCUCUACAUCAGAGUUGGAUGGAAAGAAGGAAAUGAGGGUUGUGGGGUCAGCUGGAUGCUUUAUACUGGUGCUGUGAGUACAUGGCACAAGAGGGUGUUUGAGCUGCUCCAACGGGUGUCACGAAAGGAAAAAUGUCCAGCCACUGUGCUCAGGGCAUGCGUACAUCUACAGCGGAAUAGACUCGUGCAACACAUCUUGACGGAUAACAGUUACAGAAGGUUAGUCACCAUUUUUUUUAACCUGUCGAGACCCGUAAACCUCCUCCCAUGGCGGUCCAUGUUGUUUCUGGGGGCCAUCUUGCCCUAUUUUCUCACAAUUUGGGCAAGAUCACCAUGGACUGUUGGGUACUGGAGAUCAUCCACUGCGAAUACACAUUCAGAUUUCUCUCUUGCUCCCAUCAGCCCUUCCUCUGACCAGCCCGAGUGGACCCUUUCAAGCAAUGCAUUCUCCAGCAAGAAGCAGAUGCCCUUCUCGUGAAGGGAGCCAUAGAGCAAAUACCACCUCCCUACCUGGGAAGAGGCUUUUGUUCUCCAUACUUCCUCAUCCCAAAGGGCAGACACACUGCCCCAUUCUCGACCUUUGACUAUUGAAUAUCUUUAUCAGGAAAUCCAAAUUCCACAUGGUGAUGUUGGCAUCAAUUAUCCCCUCUUUCCCUCAGGGGGACCUGGUUCAUGGCUCUCGACAUGAAGGAUGCCUACGUCCAUAGAAUCGUAGAAUAUCAGGGUUGGAAGGGACCUCAGGAGGUCAUCUAGUCCAACCCCCUGCUCAAAGCAGGAUCAAUUCCCAACUAAAUCAUCCCAGCCAGGGCUUUGUCAAGCCUGACCGUAAAAACCUCUAAGGAAGGAGAUUCCACCACCUCCCUAGGUAACCCAUUCCAGUGCUUCACCACCCUCCUAGUGAAAAUUUUUUUCCUAAUAUCCCACCUAAACCAGCCCAUACUUCUUUGAAACCAUUACUCCUUGUUCUGUCAUCAGGUACCACUGAGAACAGUCUAGAUCCAUCCUCUUUGGAACCCCCUUUCAGGUAGUUGAAAGCAUCUAUCAAAUCCUCCCUCAUUCUUCUCUUCUGCAGACUAAACAAUCCCAGUUCCCUCAGCCUCUCCUUAUAAGUCAUGUGCUCCAGCCCCCUCAUAAUUUUUGUUGCCCUCCGUUGGACUCUUUCCAAUUUUUCCAUAUCCUUCUUGUAGUGUGAGGCCCAAAACUGGACACAGUACUCCAGAUGAGGCCUCACCAAUGUCGAAUAGAAGGGAAUGAUCACAUCCCUCGAUCUGCUGGCAAUGCCCCUACUUAUACAGCCCAAAAUGCCGUUAGCCUUCUUGGCAACAAGGGCACACACUGUUGACUCAUAUCCAGCUUCUCGUCCACUGUGACCCCCAAGUCCUUUUCUGCAGAACUGCUUCCUAGCCAUUCGGUCCCUAGUCUGUAACAGUGAAUGGGAUUCUUCCAUCUUAAGUGGAGGACUUGCACUUGUCCUUGUUGAACCUCAUCAGGUUUCUUUUGGCCCAAUCCUCUAACUUGUCUAGGUCCCACUGUAUCCUAUCCCUACCCUCCGGCGUAUCUACCACUCCUCCCAGUUUAGUGUCAUCUGCAAACUUGCUGAGAGUGCAGUCCACGCCAUCCUCCAAGAUCAUUAAUGAAGAUAUUGAACAAAACUGACCCCAGGACCGACCCUUGGGGCACUCCGCUUGAAACCGGCUGCCAACUAGACAUGGAGCCGUUGAUCACUAUCUGUUGAGCCCGACGAUCUAGCCAGCUUUCUAUCCACCUUAUAGUCCAUUCAUCCAGCCCAUACUUCUUUAACUUGCUGGCAAGAAUACUGUGGGAGACUGUAUCAAAAGCUUUGCUAAAGUCAAGGAAUAACACAUCCACUGCUUUCCCCUCAUCCACAGAGCCAGUUAUCUCCUCAUAGAAGGCAAUUAGAUUAGUCAGGCAUGACUUGCCCUUGGUGAAUCCAUGCUGACUGUUCCUCUCCUCUAAGUGCUUCAGAAUUGAUUCCUUGAGGACCUGCUCCAUGAUUAUUCCAGGGACUGAAGUGAGGCCGAUUGGCCUGUAGUUCCCUGGA